GCUUGUGCUUUAUCAAUGCCCGUGGAACCUCCUCCAGAGUCAAAAAUAGAUCCUGUGAUGUAUUUGGCCAGGUUUGGAUAUUUCCCCGAGAUCUCCUUCCGAGGGGUUGGAUCUGCGCCUUUGAACCAGCCUCAUGUGGAUCAAAAUUCGUCGGUGUUCGAAAAUGCCAUCCUCGAGUUCCAAGACUUCGCCGGAUUGGACUUGACCGGGAAACUCGACGAAACAACUCUGGAGAAAAUGGCGCAACCUCGAUGCGGUGUGGCUGACAAGGGGAAAUUGGAGUUACGAUUUAAGCGAUAUGCCCGCCAUUCCAGUCGAUGGGAGAAGACGAAGUUGAGCUAUUUUAUUUCCAACUAUCCAACAGACUCCCUUUUGACCAAGAGUGAAAUCGACAAGGAGAUCUCAAGAGCCUUUCAAAUCUGGAGCGAUUCUAGCAACUUGGAUUUUAAACGUGUCCUUGCCCCUGAACAAGCUGACAUUCAACUAGACUUUUUCCGACGCAACCAUGGAUCAGAUGAUCCUUUUGAUGGUCGUGGAGGGGUUUUGGCUCAUGCCUUCUUCCCCAGAUGGGGUGGGGAUGUUCAUUUCGAUUCGGAUGAGGAGUGGAUUAACGAGCGCUUCAAAUCUCGGGCCUUUUCCAAGAACGCCAAACAGCUCCUGCAAACGGCCGUUCACGAAAUUGGCCACAGCCUGGGAUUGGAACAUUCCAAAGCUAAGCGAUCAAUCAUGGCACCUUUCUAUCAGGGCUGGAUGGACGAUCUUCAUUUAGAGACGGAUGACAUCCAAGGUAUCCAGUCCAUUUACGGGAAAAGUAAAGAAACAGCCACUUCAAAGCCUGAGACAACAACUAUUUGCAACACUUCCAAACGUCCGGACAUCAUUUUUGGGACCGCUCUGCCGAAUCCUUCACCUCCUGGGAUCGUGCCCAGUCCAUCGAAACCGGACAUCUGCUUCAAUACCUAUUUUGAUGCCGCUACCGAAACCAAAGAUGGCAGCUUCUAUGUGUUCCAAGGUGAUUAUCAUUGGAAGUUGACUCUGGAAAAGGCUGGCUUUGAGCCUCAGUAUCCUCGGACCAAUCAAGAUUGGGGUGGUUUACCGGGAGAUGUUGAUGCUGCAUUUUACAAUCCCACCGAUGGUAUGACGUACAUCUUCAAGGAUGACCAGGUGGGAAAAUAUUUCAAUACUGAUAUCCAACCCGGAUAUCCCAAGCCAAUCUCGCAAGAGUUCCCGGGGGCUCCCGAUCGCGAUAUAGACGCAGCCUUACUUUGGGGCAAGAAUAGCCAGCUCUACUUAUUCCGGGGAUCACUGUAUUGGAAGUACAACUUUGAUAAACGAACGGUAGAGGACUCGUAUCCGUUGGAGAUCAACAAAAGAUGGCGUGGCGUCCCCAAUAACCUGAGUGCCGCGUUAAGGUGGACCAACGGCAAGACCUACUUCUUUAAAGGAAGCUCGUAUUAUCGCUUUGACGAUGACACCUUUGCUGUGGAUGCAAACCCGCGUGUCCGAUAUCCUCGCACCAUUGGUAAAUGGUGGCUGGGGUGUCAUUCCAAGCCUCAAACGGACUUAGAAACUGAGAUGGAGGAAGACGCGGGAACCAAAAGAAAUCCUCGUCGAUGGGCAUGGAGCUAAUGUGGAGCAGCUGGUCCGUGAAGACACUAGGCACGCACUAGGCACGCAAUUCGUAAUUCAAUCAGUAUUUAAGUAUUAGUAAUUGUUUGGCCUCAGGUCUAUGAUUGUUUGUAAUAUGUACUAUUUAUUGAUUAUCUAAUUCAUGUUAUAAUAUAUGAAUAUCAUUCCUAGA